CCACUUAGGCUUCAGGCAGCUGUUGGAUCAGGGGCGAAUCUGCCGAAUGACGCCGCUGCUUGGUCCUUCGUGCAGAUAGUAGACUGGCCCGCCACAUUGGACACCGAGUCCGCCAGAAAUUUUUCGUUGAGCCAGAAACGCUCACAUACUUCAGUUCACAUGGGGCAAGCUCAAGGCUUAAGCAAAUUCGGAUGCUGCGGACCUGAGAGGAAGCCUGAGCCUGUUACGCUAAACAUCUACGAUUUACACGGCAAGGGACGAGGCAUAUUCAAGGGCAUGAACGUUCUCCUUCGCGCUGCAGGCACUGGCGCAUUCCACGUCGGUUUGGAGGUAUUCGGCCAGGAGUACAGCUUCGGGUACCGCGAAGGCAGCGGGACUGGAGUGUUCAGCCACGCUCCACGGGAAAGUGAGAUCCACUCUUUUCGCGAGUCGAUUUUCAUGGGCGAUACGGACCUCACGCAGUACGAGGUGGAAAAGCUCAUGAAGAGGAUGAAGGCUCGUUGGCUAGCCAGCAGCUAUGAAACAUUAUCCCGAAACUGUUGCCAUUUCUGUGACGAGUUGUGCUUGGAGCUCCGCGUCGGUCGGCCAUCUUUCGUACCUUUGCCAGAGUGGCUGAACAGCCUCACUGCCGCCGGCAACGCCUGGGGCGGCUCUGGCCAACAGGAUGACAACGCCUCGGAGGUGCACAAGUUUCAUGCCUUGGAGCACAGCGCAGAGAAGUCAUCCAGAAAGCGUCCCGCUCCAGUCGAGGUUACGCCAGAACCGAUUGAGUCAGAGGGUCAAGAGCGUACUACAUCGAGACAGUCCAAAACAAAUGCAGGGCUGACCAUCUCAAUCGACCUGAGGUGGUAA